AUGCCAUUAAUUCAACCACAGGAUGGAGUGGUUUAUUUGGAGUGGUUUAUUGUUUUUCUUUUCUUUUUCCCUCCCAGAACACCCUAUGAAGUCCCAGAGCACAUACCAAUGGAAGGCCCUUUGCAAACCUUCGUUCACGUGUGCCAUGAAAAUGGUCAAUGGAUGUCACAGUUACCAGAGAAGCUCUGGGAUAUUCCCCUCUAUAACUUAGCUCUUCCAGGGAGUCACGACACUAUGACCUACUGUUUGGAUAAAAGCUCUGCUGUUAGUGGCAAUGAGUCCAAGCUGGUGAAGUUUUUAAACAAAUGUCUGCCCUGCAUUGUGCACCCCAUUAUCAUGAAGUGGUCUAUAACACAGGUCCUGACUGUGACAGAGCAACUUGAGGCUGGAGUUCGAUACCUGGAUUUCAGGAUUGCCCACAAGGCUAAUGAUCCUUCUAUGAAUUUGUACUUCGUGCAUAUGGUUUACACAACUGUUACUGUGCAGGAUAUUCUGUGGGAAAUAUUGAGGUGGUUAGAAACUCAUCCUCAGGAAGUUGUUAUCAUAGCCUGCAGGAAUUUUGAUGGAUUAACCAAAAGACUUCAUAAUCAUCUUGUUGCCUGUAUAAAAGAGAUUUUCCAGUGUAAACUGUGUCCUAGAAAUGUGGUGCCCACGCUGCGGACCUUGUGGCACCUUGGCCAUCAGGUUAUAGUCUCGUACGAAGAGGAGAUGGAACUGGGGAAGCACUGUGAGCUGUGGCCUCCCAUCCCAUACUGGUGGGGAAACAAAACAUCCACUCGUGCUCUCAUCCGGUAUUUGGAGCGCAUGAAGCGGACGGGCCGGCCAGGAAAAUUCUUUGUGGCAGGGAUUAACCUUACUGAAAAUUUAAGGUAUAUUCUUGUACACCCAUUUGGAUCAUUGAAGAAAAUGACACUCCAGAGUCUUCCAUGUUUGAAAAUCUGGAUAAAGCAGCAGUAUCCAGGACCAAAAAGAAAAUGUAUUAACAUCAUUGCUGGAGACUUUAUAGGAAACAAUGAUUUUGUCAAAGAUGUGAUAGAACUUAACACAAAAAUUAAUCCUCCAUUGCUCUGUCAAAGUGAAGUGGAACAAAUAGCAUUUGAUUCUCAGCUUCCUAAUCUAUGAAAAGUUGAAAAGGCUUUGUCUGCAUUUAUUGUGCCCUGCUGUAAACAUCCUGAAUCCCAUAAAGGUCCACUUAAAUUAAACCAGUAAUACUUUCAAGGCUUAGUAGGAAAAGGUCUCUCAACACCAUCAGGGUUUUGAGGCCUUUGGACAGA